GCAGCUUAGAUUAAGUAUUUUCAUCGCCGAUGGUCAUCGCGAGGAACUACUAGGACAGUACCAAUCAGUAGUUAAUUACAUCUUCCUAGGACAUGUAGCUCACAAGCCUUUGUAGUCCGUUUUAUUAAAUUACUAGUACCCCAAGCACAGCCCAAAACAUCGAUAGCACUGGAAAUUCUAGGGGAUUCGGUAGGCUACACGAACAAAAAUGCCCAACGACCAAGCGAUCCCUAAUACCGGGACCAGAUCAACCCUCGUUCCGUCCGUCAAAACCUUCCUAGACGAGCACCCGAACCUGCACCUCGGCGGCAAGGACUUCCACGCGGAACGGCGCGACCACCUCGAGAUCUUCGGCUUCCACAACCUUCCCAAGCAAGCACAAGCACCUAUCGGCCACGUGCACUUCGACGGCGUGCGCGGGCGGCACGGGACCAUCCCCGUGCGCCUGUUCUACCCGCGCAGCUACGACAACAGCACCGGUGCGAGCAAAAAGAAGUUCCCGGCGCUGAUUUAUUUCCACGGCGGCGGGUACACCGUCGGCAGCGUCGACGAGUUCGAAAACGGCCUGCGCCUGCUCGCCGAAGCCGCGGAGAUCAUCACGAUCGGCGUCGAGUACCGACUUGCGCCGGAAUGGCCGUUCCCGACCCAACUCGACGAGUACGAGGACGUGCUCUCCUGGACGCGGUCCCCGUCCGGCGCACGUCUCGGCAUCGACCCCGAGCGCGUCCUCGGCGGAGGCGAUUCGGCAGGCGGUAAUAUGACAGCGGGGCUCUCCCUGCGCCUCAAAGACGAAGGAAAACAGCCGUUACAAGGACAGGUGCUGCUCUAUCCCGAGGCCAGACUGCCCUUCGACACGCCCGCCGCCAGCGAGAAUAACUCCGGGUACUACCUCGAGUGCAACGGCAUCUUCAGCUUCGCGGACCACUACCUCCCCCGCGCGCCGUACAAGUCCGGGUCCGACACCGCCGAUAUGGGGUACACGUACUACCCGCCCGCGCACCGCUACGUGUCGCCCGGGAUGCAGGCGCCCGAGAAGCUGGAGGGGCUGCCGCCGGCGGCGGUGUUCACGUGCGGCUUCGAUCCGCUGCGCGACGUGGGCGUCGAGUUCGCGGGGAAGCUGCGGAAGGCUGGGAAUAGGGUCGCUUGGAUGCAUUACCCCGGGCUCACGCACGGCUUCCUCCAGAUGGCGCCGUGGAGCGGGGAUGCGGCGAGGGCGGUGCAGGAUGUGGGGAGGUUGGUUGGGGAGAUGAGUGGCAGGACGGAGGUUUUGAAUUGACUUCCCUUUGUAGGACCUAGUGGGUAUAGCGGCGCCUGGAAAGUAGGGUAGGGUGUUGUGGAAGCAUCUGUAAUAGUGUAUGACGAGCCCGUACUAUCACCCUGUUGGUCUGCAGUAGCUCUCAACAAAUCUCGAUAGAUCUCAGAAGAAAUAUUGGUUGGACUAGCCACAAUUCUCAAAUGUAGCGGAACAUGUUUUCCCUCACGCUUCGCUUCAUGGCCACCGGCUGUCCGUUCUCGUACUCUACCCCGGCCUCGCCGCCAUCGCCAGAAAGACCCGACAUCUUCCGCUGCAGUUCGGCGUCUAGCUCUGCCGUAGUUUUCUUCUUUGAUUUCUUCAUAGCAGACGAUUUUUCGUCAUUCUUCGCAGAAGCUUGAUCCUUGUUUACGAACUUUUCUUGUUGGGCAUGGGCCUGUGAGCCAAUGCACCGGUGGUGACUGAGACUGAUGAUACGAGGUUUUAGGAGUGGGGAACUCCCGGACCUGUAUAGAGUCGAGAAUUGCAUGCGUCGCAUUUUGUGAAUUCGAUGAAGCUUAAUACGAUUAGUCUACAGAAUUAUGUUGUCG